UUCUCGUCUUCCCAUUGGCCGUUUGUACCGUCCAUCAUUCUUGUCAAUUGAAGCUUUAGUGGCGUUUAUAUGGACUAACAAGUCCCUAAAGCGACUGAACUCCUUGUAGUUCGUUCCAGUACAGAUCUUUAUUUUGUUUUGGUUUCCCCCCUCUCAUACCCACUAAGUGGGCGAUAUUGAUAGUUAUUUUUGUAUUAUUUUUUUUGUAUAAAUCAGAUACAGCUAGUCCUAUAUAUAUAUAUAUAAAAUAUAUUUAUAAACGCAAGUAUGGAGUUGAACUCUCUGUUAAUCCUCCUCGAAGCAGCUGAAUAUUUGGAAAGAAGAGACCGAGCAGAACAUGGCUAUGCAUCAGUUUUACCUUUCGACAGCGAUUACUCCAGGAAGAAAACCAAAGCAGCCUCAAUAUCUAGAAAAUCCCAGAACAACAGCCUAGAAGUGAAGAGCACGACUUCCUGGGAUUUACUAGCAAGGUCUUCACAUAAUGAGCUAGAAAAACACAGGCGAGCAAAACUGCGACUAUAUUUGGAACAGUUGAAGCAACUUGUUCCUCUUGGGCCAGACAGCAACAGGCACACCACACUAAGCCUUUUAAAAAGGGCAAAAAUGCACAUAAAGAAACUAGAAGAACAGGACCGAAGAGCUCUCAGUGUUAAGGAACAACUUCAGAGGGAACAUCGCUACCUCAAACGCCGUUUAGAGCAGCUAUCUGUGCAUGGGAUGGAGCGCAUGCGCACUGACAGCAUGGGAUCCAUUAUAUCUACUGACUCUGAACAAGAAGUAGACAUUGAAGGUAUGGAGUUUACACCAGGAGAAAUGGACAGUAUUGGUAGUGCCAGUGAUGUAGAAGACCACUUCAGUUUGCAGAGCGGCUCAAGUGACAGUGGCUAUACACAUUCCCUGCGGCUCAGUUCCAGGCUCUCAUAGUGGCCAAUAUUCUGGACCAACUCAGGACCACCUAGCUGAAGGCACUUAUAUAAUGAAAACAAACAAAAACUAUUUAAAAAAAAAAAAAAAAGUAAGAGAACAAAGUUACAAGGUAUCAACUGCCACUCAGCCAGGACUGCCUUUUGUGAAGUCCUAAAAAAAAGCUUUCUUGCUGAGGGUCCCAUCAUUGUAAUCACAUCACUAGAGAUUGUGACUUUUAAGCUUUGUUGCCGAGGACUGUGGUGUGAUAAAGUGGGGACAUAAAAGGACAUGAGUUUAAAAUCAAUAUAUUUUUGCUGUUAUAGAGGAAAGCAGAAUUACAUUUUUGAGACUUUAAAUUAGUUCUUGCCUCUAACAGCAAAAAUAAUAAACUCAAUAAACCCAAUCAUAGCAUUCCAUUCUAAAGUAUUACAUGGAAACACAAAAAAUUAUAGAUCUGAUAUUUUUGGAUUACAAAAAAAAAAACAUUUUAAAUGAAGUAGUAUUUGUACAUGCUGGUCAAAUUUAAUUGAUGUUAUAAAAAUUAUGACUUCUUUUUGAACAGUUGAGGAAUUUAGUAGUCAGCAUUUUGCAUAUUAGAUUUUGAAGGGCAGGAGAGAGGAAGUGACGAAUGUAUCUCAAGAUGAUCUUCUCUAGGAGAUUGUUUAUAACUGAACACUGUACGAGAAAAUGUGAUAAAAUCCAGCUUUAAUAAUAACUUCAUAUGGACUUCUAUAAUUUUCCACUUGCAUUUUAGCUUCUACACUCUUGAAGGACCAGCUAAACUUGACAAUGUUUUGAAUUUCAAUUCUUGUCACUCAGACAUCUAAUGAUGCUUAAAUGCAUGUGCUUUUCUGGGAUGAUCGCAAAUUAACAUACUGCAUUAUAUAAUGAUACUGACACUACAAGCUUUUUGUUUAUGCGGGCUCCAGUAUUUCAGCCCUAUCAAUUAACGACUGGCAAACCACUACCACUAUUUUGUUCUGUGGCAGCUAUCUCCAUAUGAAUUAAGCAUGGCAUUAUUAGUGUGAUACAGUUGACAAAAAUGUAUUAGGAAAUAUUGCAAAAUACCUUCAUUCACACAAACAUUUUUAGAAGUGAAUUGCGUAGCAUUAUGUAAAAAAUGAUAGAAACAAAAUGAAACAAAAAAAAAGUCUUAAACAGAAACCAAAUUUACACAAGUUUGAUUUGAUUUAUUUUUAAAAUAUUACAUCUGUGUAGUGCCGAUAUUGUAUCAUCAUAAACUGCAGUGUAGAUCUUUGGACCGAAAACAUGAAUGUGUACUUUCACAUCCUCAUCAUCCAGUAGAAGUAUUAUUAGUCUAUGGGGUCUAUUCCAACCUGUUAGACAAACUUUGCAAAGUGCUUCACACAGGUUUUUGUGUGAUUUCCAAUUUUUAAACCAUUCCAUUCUAUUAGAGAACCCAGUUAUUGAUUUUUUUCUUUUUUUGAACGGCUGUACAACACACACAUUUCAACAAUGCUGUGCAUUGUGAAGAUUUGUCAGAACUUUUCCAGUUCAUCAGAAAACUGUUUUGAAACCGCUUUUCAAAUUUUUUUUUUUUUUAAUUUUCUAUUUCAACAAACGUGACAGCGUGAAAACCUAUUAUCUUGGCUGUUCACAAAAACAGCCAAAAUUGUUCACAUUUUUGUUUAUUUUGAACAAUAAAAAUUUUGCAACUGCAGUUAUGUUUUUUUUUUUUUUUGCAAAUAAUUGUUUCCAGAUUAAUUCUAAAGUUAUCUGAAAAAAAUCAAUAUUGUAUCAAUUAAAUUCAAGUUUUUUUAUUUUUUUAUAUAUUUUUUUUAAUAAUUUUUUUGUUAGCUUAACUAAUUCCAAUAGUAAUGUCUCUAAUGGAUUGUAAUUCAAUAAAAAAGGAAACCAAAAACCAUCUAUGCUAAACAUUAAAACUUUUUCUUGCAAACGUCUAAUGGAUUGGAAUAUUGGUCCUGACUAUAUCAGUUCAGGUUACACAAAUCUCUCUGAUCCUUGGAUACAAGUGAUAUUUAUAGUUGCUUGUUUUCUUUUUUCAUAUUUUCAACUGCCACUGCGUUUUCACAGAAAGCAUGGCUUACAAUUGCUGCAUACAGUUAGAGCGUAUUUCAUUGUGUUUCCUCAGCACACUAGAAACUUGUUUUUAUGUGUAAAAAGAAAAGAAAAAAGAAAAAAUAUGCUGUGAAACGGCACUGUUUAUUUUGUAUACUUUUAAUAUGUACCUAUAAGAAUUGUAGCAAUACUAUGAAGUUGUAGUUUUAUUUUUCUGUGUAACACAACCUCAUUUCUGUUGUGAAGUCAAUUAAAGGAAUAAGUACUAGAUAAGAAUAGAAUUACCUAUAAACUUUUGUCGCCAGAUGGUCUUCCCAAUGUAUACAGUGUCCAAGGGUUGAUGACAGACUAUUUUGGUGGGAAAGGUUAAAGGUUGUGACUAAAAAUCUAAUGUAAGAGAAGCUAUUAACACUUUUAUAAUAAGUGUUUUUAGCAAGUGUACUCUAUAUUUCCUGUAAAAGAUUUUGUAUUAUAUUUUCCUAAAUGUUCUCUUAUUAUUGAGACAGGGAAGUGAGGGGUGUGGAAAAGACCCAAACCAGAGUCUCAGGGACUCUAAUUUUUUUUUAUUUUCCUCAUACUGUGCCUUGGUAACCAUGUUGUAUGCCAAUCCAACUAUUGCCACAUUAGGUGUUGUUUUUUUCUCUCACUAUGGUUUUUACCCUAGCUGUCCUCAAGUAGUAAUUGUCUUCAGUGCUGGUAAUAUCACAGCAUUCCACGAGAGACUGUUGUAUGCUGGGAUGUUUAAAGGGACACUACCACUUUUAAGUGAACAAAUAUAAUGAAUAUGCAGUUGUUAACUUUGCUAUUGGUACUAUUCUUUUUUUUUUUUUUUUAAUCCAUAUCUGAUUUAUAACCUUUCCAUUUUUCUGUUACCAACAUACUAAAUUGGGUGCUAUAGUUUUAUUUCUAAACCCUGAUAACAAUGUGAAAUGUGCACUUGUAUAUUUGAAAACUACUGCAACUGUAUUUAUGUUGCAUUUACAUGCCAGUUAUAUUCCUUUUGUUUUGGCCAGCAGCUUUCCAGACGUGCUUCCUCACUUUGUAAGAAAUGCUCAAAGUGUGGGCAUGCAUAUUUAUUUUCCUAUUGUUAUCAAGUCUGAAAAAUGAGGCUUAUGUUGAUUCAUUAUUAAUAAAUCAAAUAGGGAUUCAUAUUAGCUUAUUAAAUGAUUAUCAUUCUUGUAAAUAUUGAAAACAGGCAAACAGAAUCAGAAACUACAGAAUUAUUUAGCUGCCAAUAUAAGAAUGUAUCAUAAGAUAAAAUGAAUAUUUAAGUCUUAACAUUUUGCAACUAGCACUGUUAACAACUACACCAUUGAUAUAUUUGUUGUGAAAUGGUUGUGUAUCUUUUUUACAAUUGGCAAAUAAAUUGUCACUACACUUCAAAGCUUCAAGAAAUUGAAACUUAAAGGGACACUGAACCCAAAUUUUUUUAUUUUGUGAUUCAGAUAAAGCAUGAAAUUUUAAGCAACUUUCUAAUUUACUCCUAUUAUCAAAUGUUCUUUAUUCUCUUGGUAUCUUUAUUUGAAAUGCAAGAAUGUAAGUUUAGAUGCCGGCCCAUUUUUGGUGAACAACCUAGGUUGUCCUUGCUGAUUGGUGGAUAAAUUCAUACACCAAUCAAAAACUGCUGUCCAGAGUUCUGAAUCAAGAAAAAAGCAUAGAUGCCUUCUUUUUUAUAUAAAGAUAGCAAGAGAACGAAGAAACAUUGAUAAUAGGAGUAAAUUAGAAAGUUGCUUAAAAUUGCAUGCUCUAUCUGAAUCAAGAAAGAAAAAUUUUGGGUUCAGUGUCCCUUUAAAGUGUUACUAGGCCUUAUUAUUUAACAUUGUUGUUUUGUUUUUUUGUUAAUGUUCUUGUCUUCAUUUCCCAUAAAAGCUCACACAUAAUUUACUUGUACAGAUUUCCAAACUGUGGUAAUCUUGGCCGCAUUAGUACAUUUUUACCCUAGUGUUUGCUCUUACCGCUUCACCUCAUAUACCUGGCAUUUCUGCCAAACAAGGUGUUGCAGAUCUCUGGCAACCAAAGGGUUUAAAUUGACUCGUUAUCUGACAACUGAAAAAGUAUAGGUUUAAUAUCUGUCAGCUUACAGCUUAAAAUAAUAUUAUAUGAGCUUGGAAAUAAGUUGGACUGAUAAGACUCAGGAAAAAAAUGCAUUAGUUUUGUAUCUGGUUAUACCCUCAUUAUUUGUUUAAGAAGGAUUCAGAUUUAUAUAAAAUCCCCGUUUAGUGACAUAUUUUUGCGCAUUCAAAACACACAGAGUUCUGGCUCUAAUAUUUUAAUAUUAAAACACAUGCAGGUGCUUGUCAACAUUUGACAUCUGAUGUAUUAACUCAGAUAAAGAAUACAUUUAUGAGUAUGAGUUUUGUGGCAGCUUUAGAAGAUCCUCAUUUGCACUUAUUUUUGUUUGGACCUUGCCAAUAAUGGGAUAUAGUUUAUAUAUUUUUAUGUCACAUGACUUUGUUUUGGGCUCACCUUUUAACAACGCAAGAGAGGUGUUAUCUUAAUUUAAUAUUUGGCAGCUGAAUAUCCCCUUUAGUGACUAUGCUAAAGGGGUCAAUAUAAUCCUUAUAAAACAGGUCAUGGUAUAGUGUGCAUCUUGCUUUAUUAUUGAGGUCGUCUACUUGAUGGGGAGCUUAGCAAUAUUUAAAUUUGUGUCUUUGACAAGCAGAAAUCACUAGGUCAUUUGGUGCAUUGUCUUUUUCCAGGUCAUGGAAGAAUAACGUUUACUACAAUAGUAAGUGACUGUUAACAGAAAUAAAAGGAAAUCACUAUUCCUUAAUGAUAUAGUUAACCCAUUAGGUGAUUUUAUUUUGUUGUCAAAAGCAUGCCUUUCACAGAACUGUCUAAAAAUAUGUAUGUUCAUUAGUUUCUCAAAUGUGUAAUAAGUAAACUGAACUAGUGCACUGCAAACAUAUCCCUUACCGUGAAAAAAUAGCUAGUUCUGAGUUCUUCCACGCAAUUUAGUCCUUGAGUUAUAUAUUUUAUAUUUGUAUUCAAUGUAUAUUGUUACUUUUAAGAUAACCUAUAUAGACAUCUGUACAAAGCAAGCAAGACCUUCCAUAAAUGAUGGUAACAUAUCACAAUCCCUAAUUUGUUUACUCUAUGCAAGUAUAAAUAUUUUAUUUAAGCUUAUGUUUUGAUAUUCUUUCCAGACAUCAUUUUCACUAUUUACUGAAGAAACAUCUUCUGCACUUUAUUAUUUGCAGACUACACUGUCACCACUUAGAAAAGACUCAUCUUAGUAUAAACCACAAUUACUAAUUGACAUGGCCCUAGACUCUAGUAAUAGACGUUUAAAUGUUUUGUAAUGAUAUUGGGCGACUUAAAGGGACAUUAAAUGCCAAAAAUGUACUAUUCUUUGUUUUAAAUGGACAGUGAAACUUGGUUAUGCACAGCUGAUGGUGUUGUUGGUGGACAGAGACAUGCCACCAACAACAAAGAAUAUUCAGUAUACAGACCUUUUUUAAAAAAAUAUGUUUUAAAAAUCUCUAUUUAAUCUCCCUUUAAGAAAAAAAUAUAACAAUCUAUUUCAUUUAUGAAUAGAGAGUUAUUUUUGUGAGGUUUAAUUGUAAUGUAGACGUAACUAGUUUAUUUUUUUAUUAAUAAUGCUGCAUGCUAAAAAUGAUGUAAAAAUAGACAUAAAUAGGUUUAUAAAAUGUUGACAUGUUAGCAGCCUCAUUAUUUGUAACAUUUGCCAAAUCUGUUUAACAUUAUAGAUGUGUUUUCACUACUCAGAUGAAGUUUUAUUAGUCUUGCUGUUUUGUACCUAACCCACUCAUCUAAUUCAUUUAGCAACUGUAUAACUCUUUAACUGCUGGGGGGGAUGGUAUCGUAUUCAAUGUAGCCCUUUCUGGCAGCCAAAGAAGUUAAGGAACUUUGAGAUAUAUAUAUAUAUAUAUAUAUAUAUAGGAACAUUGUGGCUUUAAUUUGUUUCUACUUAAAGGGGAAUUCUAGCACAGCCACAUCAAUUAAAAAGCAACUUUGCCUUACCUUUCAUAAAAAAAUAUAACCUUUUUGUUAACUUUCAUAAUGGCAUCUUGUGUACACUUUGGCGCUAAUCCAUUGACCAUUGUGCAUGGAAGGUACACAAAUCAGCUGGUGACUGCAAAUGCUCUGAGAUUGUGAAAUUCUAUAAAUAUUCAAAUUAAAUAAGCUAAAUUCCAAAGUUGCUUGAAAAGAUGCUGAUGUUAUGUAGCCUUUUGUGCUAGACUGUCUCUGUAAGUAUUACAUAUGCCUAUAGCAGUAAGCCUUUAAUUUUAUAUGCAGUAAUAAUAUUUACCCUUUUACUUGCAAGACAUAUCAUUUAAUGCUCUACAAAAAUCUUAUUUUUAUUUUUUAAAAAUUUGACUCUGAUACAUUACCUCAGUGUAUAUAAAAGAUUACAAGUGGGCUUGCUGUAACGACUAUUAAAUCCGCUCCAGGUAAUUCCUUUAUUACUGGCUUAAUAUACACAGUCUGAAAUGUUGUUGCCUGACUCGGAAAACCCUCAACAUUGUGAAGUUCUCCACGCUCAGACUGUUAUGCUGUCUAGUAUCUAGUUAUGCAAAAAUUAAACAGGUGCCAUCUGAUAGCUCUAAUAAUCAUAGCAUGGUUUAUGACCCAUGUUGUAUCUUAUUUUUAAUGACUCAUUGACUUGCCUCCAGUUACAUACCAUACAUUUUUACAGAAAUUAGAUGGGUUUCUUGUGUCUCCACUGAUGUUAAUAUGAUUGGUUUGCUUGUUUGUUCUCAUUAACAGAUAUGUAACUCACAUGCUGCAUAUUUUUUUUUUUACCAAACUAAAGUGAAUUUUAUAAAGCAAUUACAGGCAUGUUUACUUGCAUCACCCACAGUUGUAAGAGGUUCAAACAUUAUCUAUUAUUAUGCAUUGCCAAUAAUUGUGGUAAUAUGAUGGUGUGUUAAGAACAUGACUCAAAACUAGCUAUUUACACUAAAAUAUUUUCUGUAAUUUCUCAUAAAUGAUGUUCACAUGAGUUAAAUUGCAAUAUAUUUUAUACACUGCUACUCAUUCCAGGCAAUGAACGGAUCAACUAGAAUUAAUCAUUUAUUGAUUUUUACGUUGGCACAAACCUAAACAAAUAAUGAGUCUUUCCCAAAAAUAGUACUACAGGGUUGUAAUGUAUAAAUGUCUAGAAGCUACUAAAACAAUACUAUAGGACACAGAAUGCGUUUAACUAAGGCAAUUAGGGAGAAAGUUCGUCCUUAUAUAUAUAUUGUUUGUAAUUUUAGUUGAUUAUUGUCUAGUGUGAUUGCAGCAGUGUACAAUCUUUUACUAAGAUUCUUCCAAUAUGACUGAUACCAGAAAUCUAAAGUAUGUAUUGCAUAAAACACUUGGCUUUUAUUUUUGUAAACAAAGUGUUCCCAUAUAUAUAAAUUAUUUUUUUAACUGUGUCCUUUCGAAAAUACCAUAUUUUUUGACUGCUGAGAAACAGAAUUUGCUGGAUUUCAUACAUUUAUUUUAAAGUUAUAAAUGAAUGUAUACUGAAGAUAUGUCUGAUAGCACCAUUUUCAACUGGUUGUGGUACAAGGUGUAAGCCGUAAAUAAGAAUUGAGUUGCUGCAUUGUGAUGGCAAAUAUAAAAUUCUCUGGGCUAUAUACUGACCACAAAUAAUGGCCAUUGGGGCUAGAAAAAAUGUAGAACUGCACUGAGCAGGUUCUGUGCCAGAAAUAAUUGAAACAAAUAUAUAUAAUUAAAAUAGCUUUAUAGCUUGUAAGUUGUAUAAUAUUGUAAAGUUUCAUUCUGAACACACGUACAUGGUGCUUGCUACAUCUUGUAGCACACUGAAGGUAUUGUGCUGUAUCAUCCUUUCAUUGUAAUAUAAAUACAAAUUUUUAUAUCUGAA